AUGGAUUGUGAGGAGCUCUUCGGAUACCUUUGGUUUGGUCCUCAGGCAUAUGUCCAGGACGCUAAGCAUGGCGGCCAGGGUAUGUCUGCGGGCUACGGCGAGAGGCGGUCGCUCGACUGGAGCGUCGCCAGCACAACCGAAUCGAUUGCAGAGGAGGACGUUAUUGUAGCUCAGAGCGUACCCAGUGCACUGGAAGUGAUGGCUCCCAUCUGGGCUUUCGCCAGGCGGUGCACCGUCAGCAGUCGCGUCGUGAGCGCGCCGCCGGAGACGCAGCCGAUGUGUAAGGCGCGCGCCUGCGAGGCUGCCGCCGCGCCCGAGGCCAAGUCCAGCCCACCACCGCUCAUCAAAUGGCUGGAUAGCCUGAGCUUCACGUCAGUCAGCACGAGUGUCGCAAACAGCGGCUGCGCAAGCCCAGACCCCAGGCAUCCUGCGUGCCCGACCGCGGAGACCUCAGCGGCUGCCUUCCCCCCAUCGUGUGGCAAGGUGGCCGUCCCUCUGGGAAGGGCAGCGCUCUUGGCAGCCUUCAAGGAGACGAGCUUCAGCGCCCCCACCGCCCGGCAGCAAGAUGAGACGCUCACUGCCGGCUCGAGCCCCUCUGGCGGCGCCCUGUGCGCACGCGGCUACGCCCUGAGCGACCCCGCGCCGCCCUCCGCCCUCGCCGGCGGCGCCGCGGCCGCACCCGGCGGGCCCCUGGAGCAGCAGCCGGGGCGCGUGGCAUGGAGCAGCGCGUUUUGCUGCGCGCCGCAGCAACGCGACGGCGCGCAGGAUGCGUGCGCGCCGUCGCGGCCGCUGGCGGAGCUUGGGCACCCUUCUGACGCCCAUUGGCCGCCUAACAAGGUUGGGCUCAAGCACCAGCACGAGCAAGCGCAGGAGCAGCAAAACGCGGCGCCGUCCGGCUCGGCCCAAGCCGGCUGCACGCACGGCGUGCUCCCGUCGACGCCAGAGCCCUGCAGCCCCUCACCGCCGCACCCACACGACCCAGCAGCAACGUGCACGCCGCCGGCCUGGUCCGCUCUCAACGUGACGCCGGACGCUGCUGCGCUUGCUGGUGCCGAGGGUGGCGCCUCGGCGUGGCUGGACGGCGAGCUGCCCAGCAGCGCCGCCGCGGCCGCCGGCGCCGCCGCCGCACGCACAGGCGACGCUGCGGCUGACGUGCUCGCAUGGCGGUACCGCUUCGCCCACAAGUGGCGGCGCGCGCGUCAUGUGCACCCUAUGGACCAAUUGGACGACUCGCCAGACCCCCUGGCCUUCCUCUCUGCGCACGGCGCCGCCGCCACCGUCUCCCUCGCCACGAACGGCCCGUCAGCCGUCAGCCGCAUCGGCCUCGGGGGCCCUGCGCCGACGGCGGCAACCGUGGCGCUCGAGUCGCUACACCCGCCUUCGCCGCCGCAGCGCGCGCCGCGCCUGCAACGCGGCGGCGGGGGCAGCCGCGAUAGCUGCAGGAGCGGCGCCAGCAGCCUGGCAGGCAGUGGUCCCCCAGAGGGCGGGUGCGGCGUCGCGCUGCCGCGCGUGUUCAGCGGAGGCGAGAUGCACAGGCAGCUGGUAGCAGAGGCGCAGCGCGCGCACGCCGCGCUGCAGCAGCUUGGCGCCGCGCAGCGGCGCGAGGCCGCCGCGGCCGCCAGCGUUCGCGCCGCUGCAGCGCCCGACGGCGCGCGCGCCGAGCGCGGGUGGGUCGGGACGCUGCUGCCCGCGGCGCGAAUGGACUGGUCAUCCGUGUGCAGAGACGCGUUCGUUCUGAUUCGGGCGUCCGACGACGGGGGUGGCCGCGCCCGCAGCAAGCUGCUGCUGCGCUCGCGCGGCGGCGGCUGCGGCGCCGAGCAGCUUCUUGCAGAGACGCGCGCCGAGGCGGCCGCCGCGGCGGCGGCCGCCGGGCUGCUGCGCGGCGCGCGCCUGCGGCUCGUUGGCCAAGGCACGCUCUUCAACGCCGGCUCUGGGCGGCUCAGGGUCGUGCCCUGUGUGGAGCCGCCGGCUGGCGGGGCGAGCGCCCGCGCGAUGGCGCCGGCGGGGGUCGCGGCUCUGGCUGCGGCGCUGCUGCGCCAGGCGGCGCCUGCAGACUGGACAGUUCUUGAGUAA